UUACUUUUUUGAACAUACUGCGCACGAUGCUAAAAAAGUGUAACACAUUAAAGUGUUGUUCUCUUUCCACACGUGAACAGAUUUGUAUAAAGUGAAAGAAAGAAAGGAUAGAGGCGCGUGACUGGCUUUGAUGGUGACGUUUUAAUACAUUCGUGACGUUUACACGACAAAUGUUUAGUUGCAAAGUGAAAUUGCUGAAAUAGCAGUAUUCGUGUGACAUAAGAAAAAGAUAAUUCGAGGUGUAUUUAAAAUUAAACAUCUGAUAAAAUACGAUAAGAAAAAGAAGAUAGGCAACAUUGUAUGUACGAGAAUUUUCUUUCAUGUGGUGACUAUUCGUUAAAAACAGAAACAAAUUGAAGAUGAACGUGUCGAGGGAAGAGAAAGAUAGAAAUAGUAUGUAAGAAGGAGAGGUUAAUUCGUGGACAGAAAAGAGGCAGAGAAAGAAAACACGACACAGUGGAAAAGAGAGGGCAGUCAGUACCGAAGCUUUAUCUUUAUUAUGCGCCGCUGAGUGAAUUGUCAAGUGAAAUCAGAAAUGGCUGCCAACGAGCAACAACGUAAGAUGAUGCUGCAAUUUACAUUUGAUUUCAUAACAUUGCACGAAAUAUAAAUUAAUACAUCCGCAUACUGUAUUUCUCAAUAAAAUUUACUUAUUGGGAAGGUAAAAAGUAUUGAAAAGAUAAGGAAAGAUUCUUUCCGGCCGAAAUUAUUAUAGUAUAAUUUUUCUUUUAUUUCCGCUUACGAACAGGAACCACGCGAGUUAAAAGAACCAGCCCACCAUGCAAGAAGGCCGAUGAAUGCAUUUUUAAUUUUUUGUAAACGACACCGUGGUUCAGUACGAUCUGGUUUCCCACAUUUGGAAAAUCGUGCCGUCACAAGGGUUCUUGGCGAAUGGUGGGCCACCCUUCAUCCAGACCAAAAGCGUUCAUAUAAAAAUCUUGCACAGGAGUACAAAGAUGCAUUCUUAAAUGCGAAUCCUGAUUUUAAAUGGUAUAAAUUACCAGCACCUCCUUUACGUACCUUGAAUACUAGGCCUACAAACAAGAAAGCAGAGACAAGUUCUAGCGAACAAUCUAUAGAAAACGAUGAAUCUGAAAACAAGUCUUCCGAUUAUUCAGAACUUGAUAAGCGAGAUGGACAAUCAAUUCAGCCUGGUAAAUUAGCCGAUGAAUCCCAAAUUGGUGGCCUCAGUUCUCUGUUUACACCUCAAAAAACACAAGUGACAGACGAGCAAACGACUGUUGACGGUUCUGUGAUCGAAAAUGAUAACCAAGUUCCAAAAACCCCUAAGAAAAAUUUUUCGGAUACAGUUUCCUCACCUGAUCAUAAAAGAGAGUGUAAAGCUGAUCUAUUUGAUGCAAAGAAAAGGAAAAAACUCGAAUCAAAUAAUAACGAUCAUCAAUAUAAUGCAGAAGAGGAGAAAAUGGAAGUAAAUAAUUUUUUAUCUACAAAUAUACCUUCGGAGGAGAGUAAUUGUAGAAGUGAACGAACCUGUAAGGGUUUACGUUAUCAAAAGUUCCUUGCUGAACAAAUGAAAAAUAUCGGCGCUUCGGGACAACAAUCUAAGCGAAGAAGACAAACCGGAAAUCGUAGUGCUGAUGGACAAACGAAUGAAAGAAGAAAUUCGAUUUCAUCGAAUGUCAGUGAAAAAACAGAUUCUUUGAGUAGCGAAGGUGGAAACAGUAUCCGUAGCGAAUUAGAACAUCUUGUAGAAAGUGCUGAGGGGAACAUAGAAGCUUCAAAACCUGAAGAAACGGAAACAGAAGGUGCAGAGGAGGAAUUAGAUUAUGGACCAUGGACUGCACGAAAAAGAUUUCGAGCUGAGGAUUUUAAUUUAGAAAAGAAAAUUGAAGCGUUACCAUCUUUAAGUUUAGAAGAAUUUCAGGAAAAGAAGAAACAACAACGAAAAAAGAAAAAACUUGCCCAAAAGAUAACAUCAGCUGUAAAUAAAAGAUAUCAGAAUAGUUACGCUAAGAAUGGACAAGCGAAUUCUGAAGAUUCUGAAAAAGCACUUCUCGUAGGAAGUCAAAAACGGAAAGCACGGAAACAAAGUAUCACGCGUAAUGCUGCGGCUAUGAGUGAAUCGAAACAAGCUGCAGAUGGAGAAUCUAACAAACCGUGGUGUACAUCGCCGGACUUAGAAGCAUUGGCUUGCCUCGCAGCAGUUGCCGCCAACAGAACAAAACUUACCAAAAAUAAUGUAUAAGAGAUAUAUUUUUCGAUAUUUAGCGGUCGUUCGCGGCGUAAAUUUCUACUGAGUAAACCAAAAUCCUUAUUCAUUUAUUUCUUAAUGCAAUUUCUUAUUAGCCGAAUUAUUAAAGUAAUUGCUUUACUGUUAGAAGAAAAAAAAAAAGAAAAAAGAAAGAAAAAUAACGUUUCAAAUUAAUGAAAAACGUACUAUGUUAUUAUUGUUAAUAUCUUCGUCGUUAAUCGCUGUUAAUAUGAACAUUAAUACAGUAAUUGCUAUAAUUAUUUUGUCACUCAACAUUGUAAAGAUAUUUCUUUUAUGUUGCAUAAAUGUCCUACAAUUGUGAUUAGUGGAAGAUAGUUUUUUUAAUAGCUUGUUAACAAUUAUUCUUGUUAUUAUUACAUUAUUGAAAAUGAAAAGAAUAUUCGAAUUUCUAAUUUAUGUUACGUGUAAUUAUUGAAAUACUGCGUUGAGCAUUUUAUAUUUGUUACUAUAUGCCUGCAGUGCAAAUGAUAGUCAUUUUAUCAAACUGAAAAGAAAAAUGCCCGUAUAUUAUGGAUAACAAUAAUAUUCGUUGGGAAAUUUGUGCAACUUCCGACAAAGAAAGGACGUAUUAUAGUCAUAAUAGGACCUGACUAGAUAAAUAUUCAAUGAAGGAAAGAAAAGGUGCAUGCAAUAAGAGAGCGAUAGAGAAUGUGAAAGCAAGAAAUUUUCAUCUUGCAAACUAAUUUUUCUAAUGUAAAAUGUGUUACAAACGCGAUCAAGAAUAAUGAUAACAAAGCCAUGAAUUUUAACAAAAGCCGAUGAGCAGGGCAUUUUUAUCAUAUCUAUGUGUAGUAACGAUAACACGUAAUAAUUGCAAAGUCACUUGUUACUAUUUUUGUUAUUAUCAUCGGCAUACGUUUUAUCUAUAUUUCAUUAUGUUCUGUAAACAUUUUAUGUACAUAGAAAUAGGUGCAGUAUUAUGAAAGAUAUCCUUCAUGAUCUGAAUAUCAAAAAAGGAUAUAAUCAAAAUAUACAUGUAUAAAUAUAUAUAUAUAUACAUACGCAAUGAAAGACCACUGUUUAUAUGUUAUACGUGCGUACAUGUAAAUAUACGUAACAGCACGUCACGUAUGCAAAACGGAAAAAAUGUAAAUUUUAUUGUUAGCAGCGAAUGGUUCUGGUAUAAAGAAGCGUAUGUAUACGUGUAUGUAUGUAAUUUGAUAAGACUACGUAUAUAUAUAUAUGAAUGUAUAUUUAUAAUAUUUAUAUCAAUUAAUUAUUAUUUUAGCGUUAAGACCAUGAAAAAUGCGAUUCUGUGCUCUGUUUGAUGAGAAAGUAAGGGACUUGUCUGUGAUUUUGGCUGAAGGAGUUUUUAAUGUUUUAUAUUUUUCUAUUGAUUUUUUUUUUUCUUUCUUUUUCUUUCUCACUUUGUUAAUUUCGUCGAAGUCUAACUCCAGACACUGUUAGCGAAAUGAUAGGAACAAUUAAUGUUAGUAAACUCCUCUGUAAUAUGGAAAUGAGUAUACUGAUGAUUAUAUUUCAAAUGUGCCUUGAAGAGAUGAUAUGAACAUAGAUAUUAAACAAUGACCAAUAAUAUAUUUUCGAUUCAUUUCGUAA